AUAUGAAACCCGCAGCGCCGGACAAGAGAGCACUUCCGCAGUCACUGCCUGAUUAGCGUCGAGAGAAGGACAUACCGCAUCUAGGACCAUGGAACUUCAGACACCGACACCACCAUUCUUCUUUCGUGUUGAUAUGCUCCGACCAGAUCAAAGUAUGGAACAAAGAUCCGAUGGAGACAGGUGGCUUCCACCACGGCCGUCUGGGUCAAACCAAAUUUACCUGCGAGGUGAAUGGCUUCGCUACUCCGGUCAGCCAGGGCAGAAUAUCCAGCCCUCGAACCUGACCCCUCCGAGUUCGCCACAUCACGAUCAGUCCGCGAACACUAUGCUGUACUCAAAGAGCUACUCAAUGUAUUAUUCACAUGGCACUAUCUGGGUUCUGCCGUACGACGCUUCGGAGCGCCAGGUCAGCACUGGAACACAAGAUGGCUCUACGCCACCAAACAGUAGCGUGGACCUCAGUAAUGACGAAGAUGGAGCGCAGGAUUGGGAGAGCCUAAUGUUCAAUAACACAAAACCCUGGAUCGAGGGCAUAUCCUACGUUAGCGAAGAUGGUCAUUAUGAGCAGCUAAUAGAACAGUGGCCGGGUCAGCAGGGCUGGCUUGAUCGACUACUCCCCGAUCGCUACCGCACCAGCCCCUCCGUCAAGCACAAUAGACCCCGCCAAGGUGCUCGACGUGGCGGACUAUGCGGUGAGCUGCCCGUGCUAAUUGGCUUACUUGCGCUGUCAGUCACGCCGUCGACACCACAGGAACUUACCAGGACUCUACGCGGAUGUAUGCAAGCCCGCGGCUGGCGUGAACAUGGCGAAGCUGGAAGCUGGGUCAACAGACGCGGCGUCAUUGUCCACGUCCGCAAUGAUGUGAACGAUCCUGCUUCCACCUCACAAGAGCUCGAUAGAUUCGCUAAUGGAGGCUAUGGCAACAUCUUUCCGUGACCAAACGGAGAACGAAAACGGCGUGGCAUACUGCGUGGCAUACUGCGUGGAACAAGCCGGCUUGAGCAUGUACGCACUACAUUAGCCUUUGGU